GAGUGGCAGUCCCACAAAGGGCUGAAGCUGGGUGCGCUGGGGAGGCUGCAGGGAGCUGUCACCGGCAGAGUCAGUGACCCGGCGAGCUCAGGCUGCAGCACAGAGCUGGCUAGGGGCAGCCAGCAGGACCCAGUGGGUUGGCACCAGGCUGCACUGAAGCUCGCCACAGACCCUGCCCGAGGCAAGUCCUGCUCAGGUCCCCAAGCAGCACCCUCAGGCCUCGUUCCUUGGGCGCGGCCCCGGGGGGAAGAUGGCUGGGAGCACCUCCAUUGAUGCGGUGAAGAAGAAGAUCCAGAGCCUGCAGCAGGUGGCGGAUGAGGCAGAGGAGCGCGCGGAGCAUCUGCAGCGGGAGGUGGAUGCUGAGAGACAGGCCAGGGAGCGGGCUGAGUCUGAUGUGGCCUCCCUGAACCGCCGUAUCCAGCUGGUGGAAGAGGAGUUGGACCGAGCCCAGGAGCGCCUGGCCACUGCGCUGCAGAAGCUGGAGGAGGCGGAGAAAGCGGCUGAUGAGAGCGAGAGAGGCAUGAAAGUCAUUGAGAACCGGGCCAUGAAGGAUGAGGAGAAAAUGGAGCUCCAGGAGAUGCAGCUGAAAGAGGCCAAGCACAUAGCUGAGGAGGCCGACCGCAAAUACGAGGAGGUUGCCCGUAAGCUGGUGAUCAUUGAGGGGGAGCUGGAGCGCUCGGAGGAAAGGGCGGAGGUUGCAGAAAGCCGAGUGAGACAGCUGGAAGAGGAGCUGCGCACCAUGGACCAGACCCUCAAAUCCCUGAUGGCCUCAGAGGAAGAGUACUCCACCAAGGAAGAUAAGUACGAGGAGGAGAUCAAGCUGCUAACAGACAAACUGAAGGAGGCUGAGACCCGAGCGGAGUUUGCUGAGCGAUCCGUAGCCAAGCUGGAGAAAACCAUUGAUGACUUAGAAGAGAAUCUGGCCAGUGCCAAAGAGGAGAACGUUGGCAUUCACCAAGUUCUAGACCAGACCCUGCUGGAGCUGAACAACCUCUGAGCCGCUUGAAGAGCCCCACUCUAUCCGCCUGCCCCUGCACCUGAACCCCAUUGGCACCCUCUGGAGGUCACCAAGGGAACUGCGUCAUGGCCAAAGCCACACAUCCAUGAGAAGGGAAACCCUGCGGCCCAUACCCUGGCCCUGGGGCGUCUUGUCUGUGCACAGCCAGAUCGGCUCUGUCCUGUCUUCAUGUCCAAAUAUUAAAGCAAGUUUAACAA